UAUAUCCGGUUGAUAUUGACAGCAACAACAAACAAAUUGGUCAGGUCAUUUCACGAUUGUUUUUUGUUUAAGAAAAGUCAGUCAAGAGCAGAGUAGAAGGUAUGUGGGAUGAGGCUCCUGAACUGAUACUAAAAAAUAUCUUCUGUUACCUUGAGGCUGCCGACCUUCAUGCAGUGUCCUUGACCUGCCACUUAUGGUAUCAAGUGGCAAAGGAAGAUGCUGUUUGGAAACAACUUGUUCAGAGAUUAUGGAAAAUUAAGGGAAAUUUGCCACCAGGAAAGACUUCAUGGAGGAAUGAGUUUCGUCGUCUGACCUAUGAAACACCUACAUUCCUCAGCGAAACUCUGCAGGAACACUUAGAUGAAGUUUUGGAUGUCAGCUUCUCACAUGAUGGCAGACUGUUCUGUACGACCUCCAAGGAUGCAACUGUCAAGGUUUGGGAACUGGGAUACCCUACAAAAGUUAAACACAAUGCAAAGAUGUUGACUUUACUGGGCUGGAAUCUGACACAAUUCUCCAUAUUUAAUAAAAGUGACACCUUCUUGUGU